CAGAGCAGCAGUGUGUGUUUGCUCUCAGCCACCCCACCUUCCAACUUCCUCUCACCUCGCACGGGAUCCUCACUCAUCCUCACAACCCUCCAAACAGCAGCAGCAGCAGCAGACAUGGUGCUCGAACACAAAGAGUUCGCCAAGGCAGGCAAGACAUCUGGCCUGCAGAUAUGGAGGAUUGAGAAUAUAGAUCUGGUUCCUGUGGUUGAGAGCUUACAUGGGAACUUUUACACUGGAGAUGCUUAUGUGAUUCUCUCCACUGUCAAACAGAGGGACAACUUCUUCUACCACCUGCACUACUGGCUGGGAAAGGAGUGCACCCAGGAUGAGAGUACCGCUGCUGCCAUCUUUACCGUGCAGCUGGACGAUUACCUGGGUGGAAAGCCGGUCCAGUAUCGAGAACUGCAGAACUGCGAGUCAACAGCCUUCACCAGCUACUUCAAGGGAGGGAUCACCUACAAGACAGGAGGUGUGGCCUCAGGCUUCCAGCAUGUGGUCACCAACGACCUUUCAGUGCAAAGGCUCUUCCACAUCAAGGGCCGCCGGGUCGUCAGAGCCACCCAAGUCCCCCUCAGCUGGUCCAGCUUCAACAGCGGAGACUGCUUCAUUGUGGAUCUCGGAGAUAAGAUCUACCAGUGGUGUGGGUCCAAGUGUAACAGGUAUGAGCGACUGAAGGCAGCACAAGUGGCCAGAGGUAUCCGUGACAAUGAAAGAAACGCCCGUGCUGAACUGGUUGUUGUGGAAGAAGGAAGUGAACCAUCUCGGUUAAAAGAUGUCCUAGGAGAGAAGCCAGAGCUAGCAGAGGGAGAUGAUGAUGACGACAAAGAGGCAGAUGUGUCCAAUAGGAAAAUGGCUAAACUGUACAUGGUAUCUGAUGUGACUGGGUCAAUGAAAGUGACUGUAGUGAAGGAGGAAAACCCGUUCCUCCAGAGUGACCUGCUGUCAGAUGAGUGCUUCAUCCUGGAUCAUGGCCAAAACCACAUGAUAUUUGUAUGGAAAGGGCACAAAGCCAACCCCAGUGAGCGAAAGGAGGCCAUGAAAACAGCCGAGGGCUUCAUCAAACAGAUGGGCUACCCAGCCAACACACAGAUCCAGGUGCUGCCAGAGGGAGGAGAGACUCCCAUGUUCAAGCAGUUCUUCGUGAGCUGGAAGGAGAAAGACCAGAGCGAAGGCUUCGGGACAGUGUUCGUCACUGAGAGGAUCGCCAAGAUCCAGCAGGUGGAGUUCGACGCCUCCAAGCUCCACAACUCCCACCACAUGGCAGCCCAGUAUAACAUGGUGGAUGAUGGGAGUGGAGACACACAGAUCUUCAGAGUGGAGAGCAGCGGCAGAGUUCCCAUUGAGCCAAACAGCUACGGUCAGUUCUACGGUGGAGACUGUUACAUCAUUCUGUACACGUAUGGGAAGAGACAGAUCAUCUACACCUGGCAGGGAGCCAGCUGCUCAUUGGAUGAGCUGACAGCCUCAGCCUUCCUCACUGUAGAACUGGAUCGUUCACUGGGAGGGAAUGCAGUUCAGGUCAGAGUGUGCCAAGGUAAAGAACCCCCGCAUCUACUGAGUCUCUUCAAAGGUAAACCCCUCAUUGUAUAUAAGAGUGGUACGUCCCGUCUUGGAGGUCAAGCCCCUGCACCUCCAACCCGACUCUUCCAGGUACGAAGGAACCUGGACACCAUCACGAGAAUCGCAGAGGUGGAUACUGUCUCUACCAGUCUGAACUCCAACGACACCUUCCUGCUGAAGAUGGCUAACGGGCAGGGCUAUCUGUGGAUGGGGAAGGGAGCCAGUGAGGAAGAGGAGAAAGGAGCUGAGUACAUGAGUACAGUGCUGAAGUGUAGCAGCAAACGCAUCGUGGAGGGAAAUGAACCAGGUGAUUUCUGGGCAGCUUUAGGCGGGAAGACAGACUACCAGACCUCAGAGAGGCUGGAGAGUGAGGCCAUGACUCACCCACCUCGUCUGUUUGGAUGUUCCAACAAGACCGGCAGGUUCAUAAUUGAGGAGGUUCCAGGAGAGUUCACACAGGACGACCUGGCUGAGGAUGACGUGAUGCUGCUGGAUGUGUGGGAUCAGGUGUUUGUCUGGAUCGGACAGGAAGCCAACGAAGUGGAGAGGACUGAAUCUCUUAAAUCUGCCAAACAGUACAUCGAGAGCGACCCGAGCGGCCGGGACAAGCAGACUCCUAUGGUGGUGGUGAAACAAGGAUAUGAACCCCCCACCUUCACAGGCUGGUUCCUAGCCUGGGACCCUGCUCACUGGGAUGCUGUCAGCAAGAGCAUGAAGUCAAUGAAUCUAUAGAUAAAUCCAUGCUGUGUGUGCUGAUCCACAGGAACACACACUUAUAAACAUGUUUACUUUAAAUAAUCUGUCCUUUCUUAUAUUGAUUAUAUCUGCAGCAUGCACAGCUUUCACAUGAUUCAUUUUUUAUCAGGAAAUACUGUUUCUAUUCAUGUGUUUGUAUAAGAUUAAACUUGUCACACAUUGUAUUUUAUAUUUUAUUAAUAUUUUGUUAUUUGCAUCCAAAAACAUCAUCCAUGUUAAAGUAAAAGAAUUAAGCCUUUUGUACAUGUGGGUAAUAUUUCAAUAACACCCUUAUUAAUCAUUAUAUUAACAGCUAAUACAUGGUGGUUUAUAACACACUGAUGUGUCUGUAAGCACAUUUGAAGUAUUAGUAAAUGUAUAUUCCAACAGUUAUAACUACUAUGAAUCAUCUGUAACUG